AUGAGUGGAAUACUUCAUUCUCAUUUUAAUUCAAUUGAGCAGCAUUCAAACCUCUCGGACUCAUCGACAGAAAAAAAUAUUGAGGAACGAGCUGAAGUAACAACCUUGCCGGCGCAAACAGAGGUGGGUGUGAUAAGAGAUAUGAAAAAUCAUUCAUCGACAGAAAAAAUUAGUGGGGAGAGUUCAGGAAGGUAUGAAAUUCUUGAGACGGCUAAGAAGCUGUACGUCUGUAACGCAUGUGACAAAGCCUUCACUCGGAAAUGGGUUUUAACAGUACAUAAAAGAACUCAUAGCGGUGAGAAGCCGUACGUUUGCAACAUGUGCGACAAAGCCUUCACUCGGAAAUCGGAUUUAACAGUACAUAAAAGAACUCAUACCAAUGACAAGCCGUACGAUUGUGACACGUGUGGCCGUGCUUUCGCUCAGAGAUCGACUCUUAUAACACAUAUAAGGACCCACACCG